AACCUGUCGUUCUCCCCAGUUGGCUAUGCUAAAAACAAGGCGGUGCACCAGAGCCAUGGGAAGUUCCUCUGCUUUCUUGAUGCGGAUGAUAUUAUGUUGCCAACACGGGUACAAAAACAAUACAAUCUCGCAGUGUAUAAUCAUAAUGCUAUUGUUGGGAGCAGAUUUCGACGUGAACCAGCAGACUCAACUUUGCGUUACACUAGGUGGGCAAAUGGCUUGACACCUGCACAGCUGACGAUGCAGAUAUAUACUUCAAAUGGCCCAACGGUUGUUAUGCCAACUUGGUUCAUCCAUCGCUCUGUGUUUAACAGAGUUGGAGGAUUUAGCGAAGCAGGUGCAGGAACUCCAGAUCUUAUUUUCUUCUAUAACCAUUUACGGAAGGAAGGGGANAAGUAUAAUCGUCAUGAUGAAGAGCUUCUUGUCUAUAGAUACCAUCCUAAUGCAACAACUUUUUCAAUUCACGAAGAAACCAUAUGGGAUCUGAGGGUAAAAGAAAUCCAGGAACGAGUACUGGGUUUGUGGGAAUCGUUUACAAUAUGGAAUGCUGGAAAGCAAGGACGCAAGUUCUUCCGAUCCCUUCUGCCGGAAAACCAGGAAAAGGUGACAGCCUUCUGUGAUGUGGAUGUUAAGAAGAUUGGCUCAUUCUACACAUAUGAAGAAUCCUGGAAAAAAAUAAAACCAAAAGUGCCAAUUAUCCACUUCAAAGAAGCCAAGCCACCGUUAAUAAUUUGCAUGAAAAUGGAGCUGACAGAUGGGGUAUUUGAGGCUAAUUUGGCUUCAGUGAACCUCAAGGAAGGCAUUGACUAUUUUCACUUCAGUUAACUGCACGUCCCAGAGCAGAGGCCUGGUCUGGGACCUGGCCGCAGGUUCCAGAGCAGAGGCCUGGUCUGGGACUUGGCCGCAGGUUCCAGAGCAGAGGCCUGGUCUGGGACUUGGCCGCAGGUUCCAGAG